UCCCUCUCCUUACUCAUUAGUCAGGCUGCAAGGUGACUUCAGGCUGGCUGCUCAAGGCUGGGAGUGCUCAGGUGUGCAAGGUGGCCAGCAAGUGGUCUGGGCUUAGAAUGGACAACCUCCAGGACACAUUUUCCCUGGACCAAGGGGGCCGCUGCCCUGCCCUCCGCAGGCUGGUCCCCAUUGGCUUUAGGGCUGAGGCGUGGAAGCUCUUUGUCCUGUCCGGACCCCUGUUCCUGUUCCAGGUGCUGUCCUUCAUGAUCUAUGUCGUGAGCUCAGUGUUCUGUGGGCAUCUGGGCAAAGUGGAGCUGGCAUCAGUGACCCUCUCGGUGGCCUUUGUCAAUGUCUGUGGAGUUUCUGUAGGAGUCGGCUUUUCCUCAGCAUGUGAUACCUUGAUGUCCCAGAGCUUUGGCAGCUGCAACAAGAAGCACAUGGGGGUCAUCCUGCAGAGGGGGAUGCUCAUACUGCUUCUCUGCUGCUUUCCCUGCUGGGCGCUCUUCCUCAACACUCAGCAGAUCUUGCUGCUCUUCAGGCAGGACCCGGAUGUGGCCAGGCUAACCCAGGAAUAUGUGCUGAUUUUCAUGCCAUCACUUCCGGUGAUUUUUUUUUACAGCCUGCUGGCAAAAUAUUUGCAAAAUCAGGAAAUCAUCUGGCCCCAAGUCCUCAGUGGUGUCGUGGGCAACUGUGUCAAUGGCUUGGCCAACUAUGUCCUGGUUUCUGUGCUGAACCUGGGGGUCAGGGGCUCUGCUUACGCCAACACCAUCUCCCAGUUCGUGCAGACCAUCUUCCUCUGUUUCUACAUUGUGCUGAAGAAGCUGCACCUGGAAACAUGGGCAGGCUGGUCCAGCCAGUGCCUGCAGGACUGGGGUUCCUUCUUCCAGCUGGCCAUCCCCAGCAUGCUCAUGAUAUGCAUUGAGUGGUGGGCCUAUGAGAUCUGGAGCUUUCUCACGGGCCUGCUCAGUGUGUUGGACCUCUCUGCCCAAGCCAUCAUCUAUGAGGUGGCCACCGUAACCUACUUGAUUCCCAUGGGGCUCAGCAUUGCGGUCUGUGUCCGAGUGGGGACGGCCUUGGGAGCUUCAGAUACUGUUCAAGCUAAAAGAUCAGCCAUCUCCGGUGUGCUCUGCACAGUUGGCAUCUCGAUGGUUAUGAGCACUCUGCUGAGCAUCCUGAAAAAUAAAUUGGGGCAUAUUUUUACCAAUGAUGAAGACGUCAUCGCCCUGGUGAACAAGGUCUUGCCGAUUUACAUUGUCUUUCAUCUUUUUGAGGCUAUCUGUUGUGUCUAUGGUGGAGUCCUGAGAGGAACUGGCCGGCAAGCCUUCGGAGCCAUUGUGAAUGCAAUCGCGUAUUAUGUCAUCGGCUUCCCACUGGGCAUUGUUCUGACCUUUGUGGUCAGAAUGAGAAUCAUGGGCCUCUGGCUGAGCAUGCUGGUCUGUGCCCUGCUGGCAGCUGCUGCCUUUAUUGCCUAUACUGCCCAGAUGAACUGGAAGCGGGCUGCAGAGGAGGCUCAGAAACAGGUGGGGCUGCCGCAGCAGAGCACUGAGAGCCCAACGAGCACAGCCCCCAGACCCGGGCCUGAGAAAGCGGUUGUAUCUUCAGUGGCUACGGGCAUCUCCCCUGGUGUUACCCUGACACUAUAUUCAAGGCCCGAGUGCCAGAUGGACAUCUUCACAACUUCAGAAGCAGCCCAUGCCCCUUCAGCUCCUUCCAGCAGACUGUCAGGGAAACAGCUGGCCAUCCGUCGUGGGGCUGCUCUGGGGGCAGCAUCAGCCACACUGACAGCAGGGUUUGUCAUCAGGGUCCUGACCACCAGGCACUAACUAACAAAGCAGCUUGGAGACAGAAAGGAAGCCGAGAGUGGCCGCCCCACCAUACACCCACACCCAUGGGUCCCCCCUACAAUAGCACCAAUGGGAUCCGGUGCAGGUGGACACUUUGAACCACUCCUGAAAAAAACACCUUCAGCCAGUACCUCGUGUAACAGGGGGGUGUUAAUUGCGCAGACUGACAAUUCUGUCGUGGUCAAACUGGCUUUUUCUUCUCUGACCUGGAUUGCUCUUUAGAAGAUGUCAGCUGACUGGAAGAGUGAGGAUGCUGGGAUUGUCACUAUUGUUCAAUAAUGUAAACAGCUUAAAACUGAACAUUUCAAAUCAAAACAAAAACCACCAUUACAUUAAAAAUUGCUUAUUUCCCAGACAGUCUUCUGCUCAGGUCUGUUCCCAAAGCCUUUGUGAAGCUCUGAAAAAGGGGCCAGUGGGCCUUGAUCCCCAUUUGCUCCCUGCCCCCACUCCCGUGCUGUGAGACCCCAUACACUAGGGCAGGGAGGCUGUCCACACACCCUUCACCUUUCCUCCAACCCUUUCAUUGCAUUGGCAUUUUCACUUAUCACAGACCUUGAGAAACACUUGAUCUUAUAGCAAUGUUACAAUAAAAACAAAGGCAGCAAAAUCCAGAUCAUUUUGCCACAUAGCCUCAGGAUGGAUUCAAUGUUGAUCCAAAUUCUAGUAUACUUUGAGGACUGCGACUGGUGAACAUUUUCGGGCUCCGUGCUGUAUCACGUUUCACAUCGCCAUCAAAGGUGGAGGUGAGUCUGACCUUCACUGCCACAGUCCUUCAGUAUCAAUAGUUAUAAGCACAAUCACAAACAAAACGGAUUUACUGAUCAAAGACAACAGAAAAGUGGAUGCAUUCACCUGAAACUAAUAUAAAACAUUGAAUGCCAACUAUAAUUUGAAAAAGAGAAAAAAGAAUGCAUAGUGUAACUGUUUGAAGUAUCAACAUGCUCUAAAUUCAGUUUCACGGUGUUUUCAGCGUCCAAAGAGACAUCCCAGGCCUCCUAUUCACAGGAAGGCAGAACCUAUAUCCUACCUAGUCUGUGAUACAAAUACCUUAGUGAGUUUCUAGCACCCAAACAAAACAAGGUACAGAGUGAUAAAGACUAACUGGAACUUUAAGCAAACAUAAUCAAUCGGGAGGGUCUAUGGGAGGAACUAUGGCUUGUGGAAGUUCUCACACUCUAUGUGAUCACGAGAACCCUACACCCAAGAACCCUACAGGAAGAACUCUGUGUUUAUAAUAAAGCUCUAUGGUUCUAACUUCCAUUUCCCUUCUAUAAAUACCCCUCCAUCUUGGCACACGGGUCAGAGUGUGCCUGGGGCUUGCCAUGUCUGCUUGAACUGGGUAGCAACACUUUCUUUUUCCCAAAUAAAUCCAUUUAGUGAUG